AAAGAGUCGUCAUUAUUAUUAUUAUUAUUAUUAUUAUUGUUUAUUCUUUUUUAUUUACAAGGAGCUUAAAAAAGAAGAAAGAAAAAGAAUAAGCAUCCACAAACACUGAUCCACAUGUCUUCCCUCAGCUGGGUAAAUGGUCCAAAACCCCAGUUAUGGUUUUGGGCUUUUAGGGGUGGGUGCUUCUUCCCUAGCAACGACAUCAUAAGACACUGCAGCAUUUCUUCUCAUCAGCAUCAGUAUCUUCAUUUCUACCAGUUUGGUGUUUGCUGAAAUGGGUCCAUGUCUAAUAAUAAUAAUAAUAAUAAUAAUAAUAAUAAUAAUAAUAAAACAACUAAUAGCUAGCAUUUACAUAGUACUUUAGGGUUCGUAAAGCAUUUUAUAUAUAUUAUCUCAUUAGAUCUCACAACCACACUGUUAGAUAGGGGCUGUUGUUAUCCCCAUUUUACAGAUGAAGAAACUGAGGCCAAGAGAGGUUAAGUGGCUUAACCAAGGGCACACAGCAGCUAAGUGCCUGAGUCACAAUUCAAACUCUGCUUUUCUCGACUUCAGUACUGGGCCCUGUGGCUGCCAGGUUAUGUUUCAUCUUUCCUGUACUCAUCUGAUUUCUGGAGCCAGACAAUCAGCUUCUUUUGCAGAAACCUUUCCUAAAGAACACUCUCAGUAACUAGGUAUAGGUGGUGGUGGUGAGUAGGGGGAGGAAUGCUGUCUUGAGAGUUGUCCCCCCCACUGUCUUUUUUUGUGAAGCACUGAAAUCCUCAUUUGUCUUCUUCAAGUAGUAGCUGAGUAUUUCUCUUAUGUUCCCCUCUUCUCCCCCUACCUCAGCUCCCUCCACAAGGUUAAGGAGUUUCAUCUCUCCCAGGAUGACCAGUGCAGCUCCCUCUAAGAAGCCGUACCGAAAAGCACCACCACAGCACCGGGAGCUGCGGCCCGAGCUGUCUGCUCCAUGGGCUCAGCAGGAGGUCAGCAUGGUUGAAUGCCAGGAAUCCCUGACAGACUCGGAGAGGAUGAAGCUUCUGCAGCAGGAGAAUGAGGAGCUGCGGCGGCGCCUGGCCUCUGCUACCAGCCGCACAGAAGCCCUGGAGCGGGAGCUGGAGAUUGGACAGGAUUAUCUGGAGCUGGAGCUGGGUCAGAGCCGGGAAGAAUUGGACAAAUUCAAGGACAAAUUCCGACGGUUACAGAAUAGCUACACAGCAUCACAGAGGAACAACCAGGAGCUGGAAGACAAGUUGCACACACUGGCCUCUCUUAGCCACAGCUGGAUUUUUGCAAUUAAGAAGGCUGAGAUGGACCGGAAGACCCUGGACUGGGAGAUUGUGGAGCUGACCAACAAGCUCUUGGAUGCUAAGACCACCAUUAACAAGCUGGAGGAGCUCAAUGAGCGCUACCGGCAGGAUUGUAACCUGGCUGUGCAGCUGCUUAAGUGCAACAAGUCCCAUUUCCGAAACCAUAAGUUUGCUGAUCUGCCCUGUGAACUUCAGGACAUGGUUAGCAAGCACUUGCACAGCACACAGGAUGCCCCUGGUCAUAGCCCUGCCCCUACCCUGGCGCCAGGAGCUGUGGUGCCCACCUCAGUCAUUGCUCGAGUACUGGAAAAGCCAGAGUCACUCCUGCUCAACUCUGCCCAGUCUGGCAGUGCUGGACGCCCUGUAGCUGAAGAUGUCUUUGUGCACGUGGACAUGAGUGAGGGGGCCCUGGGCAAUCCUGCCAGUCCCCCGGCUCCAAGGAGUCCCACCUCUCAAGCCAAUGGGGAGUGCUGCCCACCAGGCAGUACUCGGGGUUCAUCAGAGGAAGAGCUGUCCUUGCCACCCUGUGAGAAGUUGAGCCCUUACCCUGCUCCACCACCCCCACACCCAUUGUACCCAGGCCGAAAAGUGAUUGAAUUCUCCGAGGACAAGGUGCGAAUCCCCAGGAAUAGCCCUCUGCCCAACUGUACCUAUGCCACCCGACAGGCUAUCUCUCUAAGUCUGGUGGAGGAGGGGUCAGAUUGGGCCCGACUCGGCCCUGGUAGCCCUGCCUCCACCCAGGCUUCACCUCAACCGCUUGCCAGUCCGCCCUCUGUACCUAGUGCUGUGGCCAGCUCGGCCAGCUCUGAAGAGGAUCUGCUGUUGGCCAGCUGGCAGCGAGCAUUUGUGGAUCGGGCACCUCCACCUGCCCCUCUGACCCAACGUACAGCCUUUGGGCAUGAUGCACUUGCAGAUUUGCACAAUUUUGCUGGCAGCACUUCAGAUAAUGAGGACACUGGCCCUGUGCCCUCCUCUCCAGUUGGUGAGGGGUGUCGACUGUUGCCUUUUCCCAGCCCACCCCCAUCCAGGGAUGAUGAUGAACUGAACCUGCCCAUGAGCCCUGCAGAGGAGCGCCAGAAACUGCUUCCUGAAGAGGGAGGGGAAAGGUCAGGUACCUCUCCUGGGGAGGGGAGGGUUCGAUUGACCUCUAACCGUCCUCAGAGAAGCCCGAAGCGGAUGGGUGUGCACCAUUUACACCGAAAGGACAGCCUGACCCAGGCCCAGGAGCAGGGCAAUUUGCUUAACUAGGUCCUGUUCACCACUUCUCCCUGCUAACACUUGUCCCUCUCUCCCCCCAUCAUACACACCACCAGGUUGUUACUGCAUGGGGGAUACUGAGGCAUCUUGCUCACUCACUCUAAACUCAGGUUCCCCAACCCUCUGCUCCUUGGACCAGCUGCUUCUUGCCAUUGAAAAGCAGGGACCUUGACCUUGGAUGCAGCAUUGGAUCAGUCCCUUCACCCAACUUGAGCUUGGCCAUCUCUAAAACUGGAACACCAGAUGUCUGUCCACAUACGGCCCUUUAGGCCCUUACUGAUCUGUGCUGAGCACAGGAUACCAUAUCUUUUCCCAAACCUUGACCAUCCCAUGUUUUGGUCUGCACUGGUUAUUUUGAGUAGGGUCGGGGUGGGGGAGGGGUCAGGGAAGGUCCUGUCAGUAUUUGCCCCCAAGUCUACUUCUCCCUCAAGGGAGUUUAUUUUGGGGGGAAGGGGUUGUUUUUGAACCCUGAGUUUCUAUUUACUUAUUACCUGAAAACCCUUUCCAUGGCAGGGGCUAUUGCUACAGGUCCUUCCAGUAGAGUUGGCCCUGUUGGGGUAAGGGUGAAAGGAGGAUGGCUUAGGGCAUUCUGUCUCCUCCUUGGGGACAGUGGGGAGAAGAGAAAUCUGCCUGGGCUGCCCCUAGACCCAGGGAAGACUAGAGGUGCCCUUCCCCUCCUUUGGCUCUAGACUGUUACUCUCAGCUUUGGGAAGUUUUCACAUUGAUGAGUCUAUUUUAAAAAAUCAGAAAUAAACUAUUUUAUCGGUA